AUUAGGGCGCGAACUGUUUGAGGGGUGACAAAAGAAGACGUCUAGACAGCCUUGUUCAAUACUCAAGGAUUUUGCUUGUGGAAGAUAAAUUUUUGUCGUUCAUUGGAAGAAGAAAGCAUAUAAAAGGAACUUAAGGAAGAGAGGAUCACAAUGUAAAGAUUAUCAGAGACAAUCUUUUAAAGAGAAUUUUUUGGAACAUGCAGAACUUUAUCAUCCUAUUCGCCUUAUUAUCACCGCUUCUCGGUGAGGACAGGAAGGAAGUUCUAUUAAAGGCUCAGUGCAGGGCAAAUUGCGUUUCUCUGCUUUUGGACAAUAGAAAACAAAUGCAAGAGGUAGCUGCUACCUUGCGAUCAUGCGUCUCUGCACCGUGGUGCGCCUCGUGCCUGAAACCUUGUAGCGCAACAUUCGAGAAUCUGGAAAAGUGCUACGGAAUGUGUCAAAAAUUCGAAGAUGGCUGCUCUCAAUCUUGUUCCUACCAAAAUGAAAUCCGCCGGGAGACGGUGAAUGAGACGCUUCUACCAGCAACACCGCCUAAACCGAGCGUCUAUGACGCUUUUAAAAUUAUAUGGGACGAUAAUAAUGUGCAAGAAAGGAGAGAAGUAUUAGUUUACGUCGUAGAAGUGGCCUCUCACAUCGGGCCGUUUUUCAACGUUGGAAAACUGUCGCCAUGGAGACAGGUGCUGCAGGUGUCUGAAACAAACGGUUUUUUACCCGAAAAUUUCAUAAAACCGGGAAGGUUUUAUCAAUUUCGAGUUACGGCUGUCUCUAAGUAUGGCUCUAGUUCGUCAUCAAUCCCUUCCGCCCCGAUAAGAUCGUUAAGAGAGGCAAAGGCCCCUUCGAAGCCAGUUAAUAUAAAACUAAAUAUAACUGGUGACAACACAGCUACAGUUUCCUGGGAUCCACCCGUGAAUACGGACUUACCUAUUAACAGAUAUAAGAUUUAUUGGGGUUCUUUGUCCUAUUCAUCAAGCGGGAAGAGGAUAAAGAGAUUACACGAAAAGAAAAUUUUGGCUAGCAGUGUCCGCCAAUACGAGUUAAUUAAUUUAGAAAAGAGAAAAAUUUACUACAUAGAAUUGAAAGCAAUAUCGAAAUUGGGUAGAAAGAAAUUGAAGGGUGACAGAAUAUUCAUUGAUUUUGAAAUCGGAAAUGAGAAGAAAAGUAGUCAAGUUCCGCAAGUCAUUCGUCCGCUUCCAGUCAGUAAUUUGACAGCUCAUGCUCCAAAGAUGAUGCAUCAUGGUGCAUUGGUUAAUUUAACGUGGAAUACAAAAGAUUUGGACAACUUUUUCGCGGUUUCUUGGAGAAGAAAAGUUUGCUUAAACGAUUCUUCGGGGAAAAUAGAUACAAUAAAAAAGGAUACUACUAAGAAUACAACUUAUACCUUAAGCCGCCUGAAAUUCGCUUGCACUUAUGAAAUUCAUGUUCGAGCUAUUGACGGAAGAGCAAAUCUAUCUAGCAGUCCUAUAAUUCUAAAAAUUUUUAUACCCAGCUGUGAAGAGCUGCAGGAAAAAUUGAAUUUACCAGCAAAUGCCUGUCCAACAACAAGUUCACUUCCUGAACCACCACGAAACUUAGUGCACAGAAUAAAAGUUACGCAAAGACAUAAUAUUACCUCCAAAUUAAGUUGGGAUCAUCCACAUAGCGACACCCCUAUACUGCAAUAUCGAAUAAGAUGGGGACCUACGCUGGAAAAUGAAUAUGUUCCAACGUUUGAUAAAUAUUUUGACAAAUUAAAAUUUUUAGAAGGUUCAAAAAAUAAGUUUACGCUUACUGAGCUUAAAGAGAAUAGAGAAUAUUUAGUUCUAAUCCGAGCACUUUCUAAAGCUGGACCGGGCAAAGAGUCAACAUUGACCUUCAAAACUCCCGAUUUGCAUAAACAAAUCGACUUACGUAAACCACGCCAUAAACACAAGCGUAAGAAGAAGAGGAGGAAAGAGAAUGCGGGAGUUCCGUAUCGCAUCCCAAUGAAUAAAAACUUUUCAACACCAACAAUUAUUCGUAACCAACCUUGGUGGGUAAAAGAUGGUGGCAUAAAAUCAUCAUUUCAUUCCAGACUGUUAGUUAACUUUGUUUGGUGCUUUUCCGUUGCAGUUUUUUGGCUACGUCUUCCUUUAUGAGACAAAAAUUCCUUUGUUCAUAUGAAAUAUAUUAAUAUUGUAUAUAAAAAGAAUUCAUCGUAUAUUUAAACAGUAAUAAACUGUAUAUGCAUUUCUAUUGAUUUUUAAAUGAAAAAAUAUAUAUUAAGC